CCCGCCCGCAGGGCCGCGCGCCCGCGGUGUCCGCGGAAGCCCCCGAGGGUCUCGGCGCGGCCCCGCCCCCACGCGCCGCUGGAACGUUCCCGACAGGCGCCGCGGGCACCCCGGCCGUGACGUCACAGCGGCGCGCCGGCCGCAGGAGAGGGCCCCGCGGCGACCGCGUCCCCUUGGGUCCUUGAGCCCGAGCUGACGGGGUAGCCAUGGCCUCCCGGCUGCUGAGACUGGCCCCGAAGUCGGCGGCCGCGCGGGUCCUGGCGGCGAGCGUGCAGCGCGCGGAAGGAAUUCACACCAGUGCGCGGCGUGAGCUGCGAUACGGAAUGUGGAACUACCUACUUUGGGACAGAGCCAGCAAAAGAAUGACAGAACGCAGCAUAGUGAUAACUGUGGAUGGCAACAUAUGCUCUGGGAAAGGCAGAGUUGCAAAACAAAUAGCAGAGCAACUAGGCUUAAAGCACUUUCCCGAAGCAUGUAUACACUAUGCAGAACUCACCAGAGGAGAUGGGAAGCCCCUCGACAUAGCCUAUGGUGGCAACUGCACUUUGGAGAAAUUCUAUGAUGAUCCGCGAAGCAAUGACGGCAACAGCUACCGCCUGCAGUCCUGGCUGUACUGCAAUCGCCUGCUGCAGUACUCGGACGCCUUGGAGCACCUGCUGAGCACAGGACAAGGUGUUGUGUUGGAGCGCUCCAUCUUCAGUGACUUUGUGUUCCUGGACGCCAUGUACAACCAGGGCUACAUCCGAAAGCAGUGUGUGGAGCACUACAACGAGGUGAAGAAUGUCACCAUCUGCGAAUACCUGCCUCCCCACCUGGUGAUCUACCUGGAUGUGCCAGUUCCAGAGAUCCAGCGUCGGAUUCAGCAGAAGGGAGAUCCACAUGAAAUGAAGGCCACCUCUGCCUAUCUGCAGGACAUUGAGAAUAGCUAUAAGAAAACCUUCCUCCCUGAGAUGAGUGAAAAAUGUGAGAUUUUACAGUAUUCUGCAAGGGAAGCUGAAGAUUCAGUAAAGGUGAUAGAGGACAUUGAAUACGUUAAGUUCGAGAAAGGGCCAUGGCUGGAGCAGGACGAUCUGACUUUACACCACCUGCGAUUGCGGUGUCAGGAUAAGCAGCAGGUGGUGCAUUACACAGCCAUUCCCAUCCUUAUCCCAGAAGUCACCGUUGGAGCUCAUCAGAGUGACCGUAUCGUACAGGAGUUCUACAACCUGCCAGGCCGCAAGUACAGCAGAGGGUUCAACGCCGACGUAGGAGACAAGUGGAUCUGGCUGAAGUGAACGGCGCCCUCCGCUCCAGCCGCGUCGGCCAGACUCUCCUGGACACCGUAGAGCGUUAAGAUGGGGGCUCGGUGGAGGGAGUGGCCGCACAGAAGCAGUCCGUCCUGUAGUGUAGGGAAUGGCGUCGGGAAGCAGCGUCCCUCAGGUGUUCGGACCCUCUAGCUUUGUUUUAGAAUGACCCAUCGUUCUCACUGGAAAACAGUGGGCCGCUGCGCAAGGCCGGCUCGGGGCGGCCCCUGUGGUUCCAGCGCGGCUGCUCUGUGUCACGCAGGCUCUGUACAUUGUUUUUCUUCAGAAUUCCAGAAAUAAAAGUGUUUCCAUGGAA